UAGGAAAGAAUCAAAAGAACAUUAAGGAAUCUGACUGAUCCUUUAAAAGAAGGUUUAACACACUAAAUUUACAAUGAAGUUCCUUCCAUUCCUUUUCAUUGGAUUUGCUGGCUUAUGGGCUGUUAAUGCCAUGUCAGACGAGAAUAAGGAGAUGCUUAAAUCGUUCGCCGAAGACUGUAAAAAGACUGAAGGAGCUAGUGACGCUGAUGUGAAUAAAAUGGCUGAUGAGGAGUAUCCAGACUCAAAAGAAGGGAAGUGCUUAGUGGCAUGCAUGCAAGAACAAUUUGGAGUAGUCAAGGAUGGGAAAUAUCAGAAAGAAAAUGUACAGGCUCUUAUCGAAAUGGUUGCUGGAGACGAUGAGGCCAAAAAAGCUCAAGCAGAACCAAUGGCUGAAGCAUGCACAAAAGAAUCUGAUCCAGACAGAUGCGAAUUUGGUGUUAAAGUAGCUAAAUGCUUAGAAAAGGAAGGCAAAGAGCGCGGUUUCAAGUCAUAAACAAUAAUCAAAUAAAGCUGCUGCUGAUAAAAUCGGAACUGACGAUGGAAUUUCUAUAGUUGUAAAUAACACAAGCAUAAAAAAAGGGUUUAUUGUAGUUAAAUGACGUGAUUAAUUUUAGAUAACAAAAGCUUUUUGUUGGGUAUAAAUGAAC